AUGGCCUGCACCCCGCCGCCAUCUCCCAAAGCCGCCGCUGCCAAGGCUGCCCAGGACGACGAGAUCGCCCGGCGCACGGCUCAGGAAGCCACCAACGCCGCCGCCCUGGAAGCCCAGCGCCUUGCCAAGGAGCGGCAAGACGCCCAUGACACUGCCUUGGCGCGCGCCCUCAAGGCUGAAGAGGAGGCCGCCGCCACCACCCGCUCCCGCGACGCUGCCCUCGAGUGCGCCGCCGCCGAGGCCGCGAUCGUCCCUCCAAAGUCGUCGCGGUUCGUCACCGACAGCGCCCCCGCCGAUCUUCACGCGGCCAUGCUCCUUCACGAGGCUGCUGCCCUCUUGAAUUUGCAUGCCCAGGCGGUCGCCGUCACCAACAUCCGCAGUCUCGUCUCAAUCAUCCUCGACGUCGACUCCGGUAACUUUAAGCGCUGGUGUGAUCAGUUUCUGCUCACCCUCGGCAAGUUCUCCCUCCAGGAUCAUGUCUACCUCGACGCCUCUGCUGCUGCCUCCCCGGACUGGACACGCAUGGACUGCGGUGUCAAGUCCUGGAUCCUCGGGACCCUCACCGACGACCUCGCCGAGAUCAUCUCCUCCCAAGGCGCCUCUGCCAAGGAUGCCUGGCUCGCCGUCGAGUCCCUCUUCCUCGGCAACCGGGAGGCGUGCUCCAUCCAACUGGAGACGAAGUUCCGCAACUUCGUCCAAGGCGACCUCUCCGUCACCGACUACUGUCGCCGCAUGAAGAAGAUGGCUGACGACCUCGUCGUCACCGGUGAGAUCGUCACCAAUCGGACACUCGUCCUCAACGUCAUCCGAGGCCUCAACGAGCGCUUCACCCACAUUGGGACACUUCUCCGACGCGCCCGUCCCUUCCCCAGCUUCCUGGAGGCCCGUGAUGACCUCGUCCUUGAGGAAAUCUCUCUGGAGAAUCAGCAAACCCCUGCCGCCGCCCUCACCGCCUCCACCAAGUCUGCGGCCUCUGCCCCUCAGCAGCAGCAGGAUGAGAAUAAGACAUCAACACCAUUUGAGAUCAAGCUCAUCGUGUGA